UAUUAGUAGGAGGAUUUUACCAGCAGCUGUUCACCUCGUGACUUUCUCAUCUGCUUCACUGUAUUUUCGGCUGCGUGAAGCCUUGAUGAGUGAUCACGAUGAACACUUUUUUGUUUGUGUUUAUUUUAGUGCCCGCUGCUUCAGCUUUUCACCUGUCUCAGCAAGCCGAGUUUCACUUCAAGUCAUGGAUGGUGCAGCACAACAAAGUGUAUAACGUGGGGGAGUACUAUGACAGACUUCAGAUAUUCACUGAGAACAAGAGGACGAUUGACAAACACAAUGAGGGAAAUCACUCUUUCACAAUGGGACUGAACCAGUUUUCAGACAUGACAUUUGGUGAAUUUCGGGAGUCUUUCCUCUUGAGUGAACCACAGAACUGCUCUGCUACCAAAGGGAACUUUCUGAGCAGCGAGGGACCACAGGUAGACUCUAUUGACUGGAGGAAGAAAGGAAAUUAUGUGACAGAUGUGAAAGAUCAGGGAGGUUGUGGUAGCUGCUGGACUUUUUCCACAACUGGCUGUUUGGAGUCUGUCACUGCUAUCGCCACUGGGAAACUGGUACCACUGUCCGAACAGCAGCUGGUGGACUGCGCCCAGAAUUUCAACAACCAUGGAUGUAACGGCGGUCUUCCAAGUCAAGCAUUUGAAUACAUCUUUUACAACAAGGGACUGAUGACAGAGAAGGACUACCCAUACACGGCCAUUGAAGGUGAUUGCAAAUAUCAGCCAGAACGGGCAGCUGUUUUAGUGAAGGAUGUGGUGAACAUAACAGCGUACAACGAGAUGGAGAUGGUUGAUGCUGUUGGUACACGCAAUCCUGUCAGCUUUGCCUUUGAGGUGACCUCUGACUUCAUGCAUUAUGACAAGGGCGUGUACACCAGCACUAAAUGUCACAACACCACAGACAAGGUGAAUCAUGCAGUGUUAGCUGUCGGGUAUGGAGAGGAAAAUGGUGUCCCCUACUGGAUAGUAAAGAACUCAUGGGGAUCCAGCUGGGGGAUUAACGGAUAUUUCCUCAUUGAACGUGGGAAGAACAUGUGUGGACUAGCUGCCUGCGCAUCUUUCCCGGUGGUGUGAUUUCUGCAUGAAAGCAAACUACAAAAGGCUUGGAAAGGGAGUGAAGGAGCAAAGGAUUUUUUUAAUGAUACAGGAUCUUUUUUUUAUAUAAUCAGUAGCCUACUGUGCAUUAUUGUUCAGUAGGUUUUUGCAAAAUUGAGAAUAAGUGAAUCUCAGCCUCCAAUGAACACUAUAAGAUUUGUCAAGUCAUACCCAGAUUAAUCAAUAUAUCUGUGAUUCUCAUUUAAGUACUGAUCACUCAAUUCACAAAUAAAUUACACUGAGUCCAA